CACAUAGCUGUUAAAUUAGAAGAAGAAGAAGACUGAGUCGGAAGUAGCUACAGAAUAAACUGUUUAGUCACUGUGUGUGAUCGGUCUCAUAUCAACGGUUUACUAAAUAAAUAUUACCGGGGUUUGUUUUGUUUUCUUCAUUACCGGCACCAUGUCUAUAAUGUCAUAUAAUGGAGGGGCUAUCAUGGCCAUGCGUGGGAAGAACUGUGUUGCAAUUGCAUCUGACCGGCGGUUCGGUAUCCAGGCCCAGAUGGUCACUACAGACUUCCAGAAAAUCUUCCCCAUGGGUGACAGACUCUACAUUGGCCUGGCAGGACUGGCCACAGAUGUGCAGACAGUAUCCCAACGGCUUAAAUUCCGUCUCAACCUGUACGAGCUGAAAGAGGGGCGUCAGAUCAAGCCCAAGACCUUCAUGAGCAUGGUGUCCAACCUGCUGUAUGAGAGAAGGUUUGGGCCGUACUACAUUGAGCCUGUGAUUGCUGGUCUGGACCCCAAAACCUUUGAGCCUUUCAUCUGUUCCUUGGACUUGAUUGGUUGCCCCAUGGUAACAGAAGAUUUUGUGGUCAGCGGCACUUGUGCUGAGCAGAUGUACGGCAUGUGUGAGUCGUUAUGGAAGCCUGACCUGGAGCCAGAGGAUCUGUUUGAGACUAUUUCACAGGCAAUGCUGAAUGCAGUUGAUAGAGACGCUGUUUCAGGCAUGGGAGUUAUAGUACAUGUCAUUGAGAAAGAUAAAAUAACUACAAGAACCCUGAAGGCCAGAAUGGACUAGAAACAUCAACACCACUGCGUUACUCUGUUCAGAAUCCUUUUUUGUAUGGAUCCAUUUGUUCUCUCCACAUGUUCCAUAUGUGCAACAAAUUGUUCUGGCAUUUGAUUUUGUGUGCUUUUUUUUUACAUUUUUGAAGUUAUUUCACUUUUCAGUAAAGUCAAAAGCUUAAACAGCAGGAAUCUUUCAGAAUGUUCCCUCGUAAUCAUAUCCAAUGUUGUUCAUUUUUAUGAUUCCCAGUGAGAAAGAUAAAAUAACUACAAGAACCCUGAAGGCCAGAAUGGACUAGAAACAUCAACACCACUGAGUUACUCUGUUCAGAAUCCUUUUUUUGUAUGUAUUAGAAAUAAAAACGUGUUUGGAUCAAA